AGAACAGAAAAGAUGUUCAGAAAAAUGUGGGCACUCUUGGUUCUCAUAGGUGCUGCAUCUGUUUCUGCUCACCUGCAGGAUCUUUCCUUUGAUAGACAGAAGGUGUUUCGUGUGAUUCCGCAGAAUGAUGAGCAGGUGGAAACCCUCAAUUUCCUUGCCAGCAUCAUGGAGGUUGACUUUUGGAAGCCAGACUCUGUGACACUGAUAAGGCCAAAAAUGCAAGUUGAUUUCCGAGUUGAAGCUGAGAAGUCUUUUGAUGUUGAAGAUCUUCUGAAGGAAAGUGGAAUGGAGUAUAAAGUUCUGAUUGACAACCUGCAAGCUGCAAUGGAUGCCCAGUUUGACAGCAAAGUUCGUGCCACCAGCCACAGCUAUGAAAAGUACAACAACUGGGACACGAUAGCUGCUUGGACUGCUGAUAUUGCUGCUCAGAACCCAGACCUUGUCUCUCGUAGUGUAAUUGGGGAAACAUAUGAAGGACGGUCGAUAUACCUUCUCAAAGUCGGAAAAAACAAUCCAAAUAAGAAGGCAAUCUUUAUAGAUUGUGGUUUCCAUGCAAGAGAGUGGAUCAGCCCUGCUUUCUGCCAGUGGUUUGUGAAAGAGGCUGUGGACACCUACGGAAAAGAUACUGCCAUGACCACCCUUCUCGACAAGCUGGACUUCUAUGUUCUGCCUGUUAUUAACAUUGAUGGUUACGUUUACACUUGGACAAAUGACCGCAUGUGGAGAAAGACACGCUCUAAAAAUGCUGGGACCACUUGCUAUGGGACUGAUCCCAACAGGAAUUUUGAUGCUGGCUGGUGCACUCUUGGGGCCUCAAAAUCCCCCUGUGCUUCCACUUACUGUGGCUCUGCACCUGAGUCUGAAAAGGAGACCAAGGCUUUGGCUGAUUUUAUUCGUGAACACCUUUCUACAAUCAAGGCCUACUUGACAAUUCACUCCUAUUCCCAGCUGCUCCUGUUCCCUUACUCAUACACUUACGAUUUGCCAUCGAAUUACCAGGAACUGAAUUCCAUAGCUAGUGCUGCUUCCAAAAAGCUGGCCAGUUUGUACAACACUAAAUAUACAUAUGGUCCAGGAGCAACAACAAUCUACCCUGCUGCAGGGGGCUCUGAUGACUGGGCUUACAACCAAGGCAUCAAGUACUCCUUCACUUUCGAGCUCCGGGACACCGGGAGGUACGGUUUCCUUCUCCCUGAAUCUCAGAUAAAGCCAACCUGUGAAGAGACUUUACUUGCUGUGAAAUAUAUUGCCAACUAUGUCCUUGAGCACUUGUAUUAGAAUACAAGCACUUGUAUCAGAAUAACUUGUAUUAGAAUGGAGUUCUAAAAACUAUUAAACAAGGCUUUAUCCAAA